AUGUCGAACGCACAUGGGUCCUUGACUGGACUCGGCCUGCUGCAUCGGCUUCGCAGUGUCAACGAAGCAAGACAGACCGUCAUCCUUCCGCUCUUCGACUCAGCAGAGCCGACGGGAGAGCUGAGACACUUUGUCAGAGCUGUGACGAGGCUCGGAGCGCAGCCUCAAUGGUACUACGAUAUUCUCACAGCAUCCGCCGUGGUGCUCGGUGCAUACACUUUGGUCGCUCUAUCCGCUAUUGCCCACCGCCUGAGGCAUGGCAAGUUCUGGCUGCUCAGAAGGCAAGGUACUUACAUUAUACCUCACCCCAUCAAUACGCUCAGCCUCUCCGCGGGGGCAUUUUCUGUGACGUGGAUCUACUUUUCAUUGACGCUGAAGAAGCUUUAUCAAACGAACUCGCCACUCUACAUGCACAUGCCUCUCGCAGCGAUGAUCUGGAUACCCAUAUCUUUUUGCGGAUGGUUCUGGGCUUGGGGCACCCUGUAUGGCGCCCCCAACGUUCUGCUCAGCAUUCGAGGCAGCAAAAGCUACCAGCGAGGAUUUUGGACCAAUGUCUGUUGCUAUUUGGGCCCCUUGCCCGUCAUAAUUAUCGUUGGCUACACUUCCUCUCAAGCUAGAUUUUACCUGCACAAAGGCUUCAAUCUAUCGGAAGCUCUUUUGGCUGAAAUGAUGGCGCAGCCCAGCACACACGUUGUCCAAUCCUUGCAGUUGGAAGCUGUCCGAGAGGUUUGGGCAAACAUAGCCCAGGGCUUCUUUUGGUCUUCUGUGACCUACUUGAUCUGGUCGGCAUGGGCUCUUUUCGUUCUCGUCUUCUACUUCAUCUGCGUCCUCGCAUUUGUUCAAAGCAUCUUACAUCGACUGCGCCAAGAGGCUGAUCGCGAGGUUACGGAGCACAGCGAUGUUCUGCACGGGCGACACGGCACCAAUAGCAGCCCGAGCGCUUUGUACCGAGUAGUCUUGCGUAAUGUGGUAGUGCUCAGCCCGGCUAUUGCAGCUAUUGCAGCGACUGCCUGUGCAGGAGCUUUUGGCGUAGCUUACUGUGAGGUCAGCGAGGUGCUCACUGAUCCUCUCGAGGGCGCCGUCCGCCUUCGAGCGAAGCGAGUUGUCGUUACUUGCUUCGCCGUGGUGUUCAUGCUCGCUGGCUUCUUGAUAGUGGCGCAGGCGCGAUCGACGCUGCUUCGAUCCGAGCAGUAA